AUGUCCUGGGACCUGCUUGGCUGGUCACGGAAGGACCUGUGCAGUGAAUUCGGCAUUGGCAGACCUCACCAGGCCGGCACCUUCGACUGGACCCAUGAGGCUGUGGUCAGGGAGAGAGACUGGCCUGGUGAGACGGAGCGGGACCGGGAAUUCGGGACCAAAUCGAGCUGGGACGGCACCCGCAGUGUCAGGGAUGGGGACCGGCAGGACGGGCCCUUCGGCACCGCCGUGAAGGACUGGGGCAGCGAUUACAAAGGGACGGAGCUGAUGGGGGAAACGCGACUGGGCUGCAGCGACUGGUCCAAAUCCCACAGCGCGGGGGAAAGCUGCCUGCAGGAUCAAGACUUCGGUGCCGGCAAACCCAAGUGGGGCACGGGCUAUGGCUUGGACAGCGCGGGCAGCGGGGAGGAGAUCGGCUCCGCGAAGGCUGACUGGAGCAGCGGCUACGGCGUGGGACGUGGCCAGCAGCAGGACAAGGAGCCGAGCUCCAGGCAGCCCAGCUGGGCUGGCAGGUACGGCUCCGGGGACCCGGAGAGCCAGGGUGGGGAGAUGCCACCUGCGUGGGCUGGUGAAUACGGCACCAGCGAUGGGGAGAUGAAGGACAGGGAGCUCACCCCAGACUGGGCCAGUAAAUACAACAGCAGGGAUGCCGAGACCAAGGGCAAGGAUUUUACGCUGGGCUGGGCUGGCAGAUCCAGCACUGGGGACACCGGGACCCCAGACAAGGAGUUCAGCCCCAGCAGGCCGGCCUGGGACAGCAAAUACAGCACCAGGGACAUGGAGAGCCAGGACCGGGAGUUCAGCCCCAGCAGGCCGGCCGAGGCCGGCGAAUACAGCACCAGGGACAUGGAGAGCCAGGACCGGGAGUUCAGCCCCAGCAGACCGGCCUGGGAUAGCGAGUACCGCAGCAGGGACAUGGAGAGCCAGGACCGGGAGUUCAGCCCCAGCAGACCGGCCUGGGACGAUGAGCACAGGACCAGGGACGUGGAGAGCCGGGCACCGGCCUGGAUGGAUGAGCACAGGACCAGGGGCGUGGAGAGCCAGGACCGGGAGUUCAGCCCAGACCGGCCUGACGAUGAGCACAGGACCAGGGGCGUGGAGAGCCAGGACCGGGAGUUCAGCCCCAGCAGACCGGCCUGGGCCAGCGAGUACAGCAGCAGAGAGAUGGAGACCCGGGACAGCGGGUUCGAACCCAGCAGACCAGCCUGGGAUGACAAAUACAGCACCAGGGACGUGGAGACCCGGGACGGGGAGUUCAAGCCCAGCAGACCGGCCUGGGCCAGCGAGUACAGCUCCGUGAACACCGGAAAGGAAGAAAGAGAGUUUAGUCCUGGCCGGCUGAGCUGGGCUGGUGAGCGCAGCAUUGGCCAAACCGAGCUGGUCGAUGCUUUUGGUGUCAGGAAAGAGGCCGCUGUGCCUGCCCCCCCCCCCGCCGCUCCCCCGGCCCAGGAGCCCGGCUGGGGCAGCACCGACCAGCAGGAGCGCGGUACCACCGAUAGCAGGGACUGGGCUAAAGAGCUUGGAGGAGCCGAGCGCCACAACCAAUUUGGCAUCAUUGGGACAGAGUGGGUGCCAGAUCCCUCCAGCGCCGGAGCGUCGUCAGAUGGCUCGACGUCCUGGGCCGGUGGAAUGAGGUCCGGGGGCCUGCAGGAGCCCCUGGGAGACUGGCACAGGGAUGCCACCAGCUGCGUGGGCACUGGUGAUGCCGGUGGGGGGGGCCCGGGCCAGACGGCCUGGGGUCAGGGCCUGGGCAGCCUGCCCGCCCCGGGCAGCUCUGCCCAGCCCCGGGAGGCUGGGGUGGAAGAGCCAGGCUGGAGCCAGGACCUCGACGCAGCCGGCUGGAAUGCGGAGCUGGGCGACGCCGAGGCCAAGCGCCGGGAGUGGGCUAGUGCGUUCGGCGCCCGCUGUGCGGCCCGGAGCCGGGACUUUGGUGCUGGGGAGCAAAGCCCGGGAGAUGACACCGGCUCAGCAGACGGAAGCAUCCAUCUCUCGGACCCCAGCCCGCCGAUGCGCGAUGGCCACCGCCCCACCGAGGAGGAGAGGGACCCCCCCAAGCCGGCCGCUGCCCCGCGGAGCCCCAGGGCCUCCCCUCUGCUGCCAGAGGCUGCCGGCGGGACCCUGCCAGACACGGAGAGCGAAGAAGCCCCCUCGGACCACCUGGAUGGGAAGAGACCACCAAGCUGGGAGGAGAAGCGGCUCUUCCUGGGCGUCCCUCAGCCCGAGGGACCCACGGACCACGCCGGGCAGGAAUUCACCUUCCUGGAGGACACGGAGGUCCUGGACAGCAGCGUGUACCGCAGCAAGGCCAACCUGGGCCGCAAGCGCAGGCACCGGGCGCCGGCCCUCCGCCCCGGGGCUGCCUCGGAAGGGGACAGCUGGAUCUUCCGGGACUCCACAGAGCCCCGUCCAGACCGCCCAGCAGCGUCCUCUGAUGAGGAGGCAGCGGAGGAACCCAAGAGCCGGCGGGUGCGAGCGUCCCUGUCGAGCAAGGGGGUCAAGGUGCCGCUCUUCCCCGGCCUCAACACGUCCGCCCUCAAGGCCAAGCUGAGGGGCCGAAACCGCUCGGCCGAGGAGGGGGCGCCGCCGGGGGACAGCAAGGCGACCCCCCCCAAGGACCCCCACGUGCAGCGCUCCAAGUCCUGCAAGAUCCCCGGCUUGAGUGGGAAACCCCUGGCGCUGCCCCCCAAGCCGGAGAAGUCCUCAGGGUCUGAUGCCUCCCCCCCACACUGGCUGCCAGCGCUGAAGCUGAAAAAGAAGAAACCUUGA